GUGCUGUUGAGGAGGCGGGGUUUGACAUCUCAGCUCUGAAAACAUCUCUAAUCCAGUAUUUCAGGUGCCGAAGUCGCCGGAGCCACCAGCCAGUUCUCAACUCCACCACCGCUCGCAGCUGCCGCUUCUGCUGAACACCGGGAGCAAUAUUGCAGCUCCAUUGAGUAAGACGUGUCAGGAGUGGAAGUCACAUGAGAGUUUCAGCGCUGUAAAACAACACUUCUUAGUUAUUUAUUUAUUUAUUUUCUCCCGGACUGGUGGAAUACUUUUCCAGCGACGUUCUCUCUCUCUCUCUGCGCCUUUAUUCAGGGAGUCCUUCGGCUUAUCAGCUUUUUAACACUUUGACGGAUAUUGUCGCUCCUUAUUUGGACGAAAUAAUCUCUUAGAGACUGGACAUGUUUCCUGCCUUCACUGGGUAAACCUUCUGGAAGAGACCAGUAACCUCAGCUGAAAGUCUGCACCAUGUGGGCGAACUUGCUGACAAGUCUACCGUCCUCUUUUGAAAGCAGUUUGAAGCCUUGUCCAGUUACCUUAAAGAAUGAUUGAACCAUUUUUCUGCGUGCCCAAAGUGUAUCUUCUCAGAAGUGAGACAACCCUCCAUUAAAGCCCUGCUUAUAUAAAGACCUGGAUUGUGAAUUUUGUUUCUUGUGCAUUGACUUUGGAUUUGACCCUUUUUAAAUAUUUAAGAUUAUUUAAGCUGCAGACAAAGUAAAAGGAGCUUUUCUGUGAGCUGCUGACAUUGACUAGAAUCCUAUGUGUGGCCAGGCAGCUGCAGCAGCCUGUGGAAUAACCUAGACUCAGACUGUUGGGCCUGAACGGUAUCUGAUCCCGACAACAACUUGCCUUAUCCUUUAUCUAAUUAACUAUCCCAUCGUUCUGAAGGCAGACUCCACUAACCAAUGGCAUGGGUCAAGUUCUUCAGGAAGCGGAGGGGCAAUCUGGGGAAAUCCUACCAGCCAGGGAGCAUGAUGUCUCUGGCCCCGACCAAGGGACUACUGAAUGAGCCGGGCCAGAACAGUUGUUUCCUUAACAGCGCUGUGCAGGUCCUGUGGCAUCUGGACAUCUUUAGACGCAGCUUGAGACAGCUACCGGGGCAUUUCUGUCUCGGAGACCCAUGCAUUUUCUGUGCAUUAAAGGGCCUUUUCUCCCAGUUCCAGCAGAGUCGAGAGCGCGCCUUGCCUUCUGACAACCUGCGUCAUGCCUUGGCAGAGACCUUUAAGGACGAGCAGCGCUUCCAGCUGGGCUUUAUGGAUGAUGCCGCAGAGUGCUUUGAAAACAUAUUGGAGAGGAUCCACCUGCACAUUGUGCCUGAGGAGACAGAUGCCUGCACCUCCAACUCUUGUAUCACGCAUCAGAAGUUUGCAAUGUCACUUUAUGAGCAGUCCGUUUGCCGUAGCUGUGGGGCGUCAUCUGACCCUCUGCCGUUUACGGAGCUGGUACAUUAUAUUUCCACCACAACACUCUGUCAUCAGACGCAACAACGUCGCGAGGAGUCUUUUGGGGAACUGUUACAAGCAGCAAGUACGAUUGGGGAUCUUAGAAAUUGUCCAAGCAACUGUGGUCAGAAGAUCAGGAUCAGACAGGUCCUCAUGAACUGCCCAGAAAUAGUUACCAUCGGUUUUGUGUGGGACUCUGAACAAUCAGACCUAACAGAGGAAGUCAUUCGCUCACUGGGGCCUCAUCUCAGCCUCUCUGCGCUUUUCUACAGGGUAACAGAUGAACAUGCCAAAAAGGGAGAGCUGCUGCUUGUGGGCAUGAUCUGCUACUACAGCCACCACUAUUGUGCCUUUGCCUACCACACCAAAUCCUCCAAAUGGGUUUUCUUCGAUGAUGCAACAGUGAAAGAGAUUGGCUCCCGGUGGAAAGAUGUGGUCAGCAAAUGUAUCAAAGGUCACUUCCAGCCUCUACUCCUCUUUUACUCCAACCCCGAUGGGAGUGCCGUCUACACAGAAGAUGCCUCGAGACCCAGCAGCCGCUCACAUACCCACAAGAGCUCGGUCAAUGGAGAAGUGCCAGGUGUUGAGUCUCCAGUUCCAGUACCCAAGAGGCUAGAAUUGACCAAAGAAAAUCUGAAAGCUGUUCUGGACCACGAGCCUCACAAAAAGAAGACCACAUCAACUUUCAGCAGGGGCAGUGGACAGACCAGCGGGGGACUGGAACAAGUAAAACGUGAGACCAACGAUCCUAAGUGGCGGCUCAUGGAAAUUUACAGAGAAGUUGCCCAUAAAGCGGGAGAAUCGAGAGGAAUGCAUCCAGUCAGGGCAGAUGUUGACAAGGGUGGUCAGCGGAGGUCGGAUCCGCGCCCCAGAGAUCUAGCUAAUGACAGGCCCUGCUCCCGCUCCGCCUCCCCUCCAGAGAACGGCUUCAAGCAGUACCAGGAGUCUCGGCUGUACAGCAGCCAAGGAAAGGGCCCCAUCAGGACAGAGCAAGCACCGCACCUUGGCGGCCGCUCCUUUAAUGAUCCGUCUCACCCAUCUCAUGACCAGCCGCGCUCCCACACCAAGCGCCAAGUGCCGCCCACUGCGGCCAAUUUGAAGAGCGGCCAUCAGAGCCGGAGGCUGGAGCACCUCUCCAACGGAUACGACACAGACAGCAGCCAAAGUUCCCGGGGCCGAAACGGGAGGAACCAGAACAACCCCUCUAGUCGACCGUGGAAGCCCAUGCGGGAGGUGUUAAACGUAGACAGUGUUUUAAGGAGUGUUGACGAUGGGAAUGCGGGAAGAGAGGAGCGAAGGCUGCCAAGCCCACGCAGAGGAACUGGUAGUCACUCGCCAUCACGUGACCAUGAGCAGGACAGAGACACCACAUGGGGGGCAUGGGAGGAACGCAAACCGAAGAGCCUGAUGACCAUCUAUGAAGAUGAGCAGAAGAACGAAACUGGGGGCAGCCAGAGCUCAUUGGACUCAGAGGGAAGAGGAGUGCACAAUGACAAGGACAGAUCAAAGAACUCGGCACCCCUUACGGUCCACAAUGAGAACUGGAAGAUCCAAAGAACAGAAUCUGGAUAUGAGAGCAGUGACAGACUGAGCAACGGUUCAACAAACUUGGGUUCUCCUGUUGUAGAGGGCAUUUCUUCUAAGGACCUCCAGCCCAUAUCGGAGCUGCAUCUGAUAAGGGAUCACUUUCCUCCCAGAGGAAGUGAUGAUUUGAGGGCUGAGGUGUUGUACUCUAAGUGGUCUACUGGAGAACAAGGAAGGAAAUCUCCAGAUCUACCAGAUGUCAACAUCCUGACUGGUCAACCCAUACAAAGAAAAAGAGCCUUCCGAUACACGCCUCAAGGCCUGGAAAAGAACAAUGGCCUGGAUAGCGAACAAGAGGAAAAUCUGGAUGGCAGCCCUGCAAGCCCCAUCCCUUCUUACUCGUUGAAGACCAGCAGAUCUGAGUGGAACAGCUCAGAUGACCUCAUUGGACCCCUCUCUGAGCUAGAAGAGUCCGGUCACACAAACUCUUUGUUGCACAGCUAUCAUCCACCUCUACCCCCCAAACCCAGCCCGUCUGGCAUCUACUCCCGCAACCAGCCCAAAAACGGUCUGCCUGUUAUCCGGCGUUGGAUCGAGACGCCCAGCGAGCUCCGGCAUUCCUCCGACACCAGUUCUAAGUCUGGGUCUUCAGACCAGGAGAGGAACGAUCUAUCAGCCAGCGAGAACGAGGACACAUUACCCAGUCCAAAACCCCGACUGGAUGACGGUACAGACUCCCCGUCCUCCUCCCGGACAGAUAAGGUCCUCCCAACCACUUUCUUUUCUGUGGAUAGCUGCAUGACAGACACGUACCGGACCAAAUACCACAAGAAACCGGGCUUGUACAGGAGAGCCGAGGAUCACACCUCAUCAGGGGAGAGUGAUGCAGAAGGAAGGGGUCACAGUUCGACCAACGUUCAGCCUACAGAAACUUUGAGAAGCAGAACAGAAUCAGGCUACACUGCUGCAAAGUGGAACCCAGUUACUCCCAAGUUUCUCGAUGAGCAUGGUUUCCUAUGAUCGAACAAUAAACUUGAAAUAUUCCUGUGACCGGAUGCCAAAUGGAUUGACUGCUACACUGACUCGUUCUGGGGAACGUCUGGGUCCUCUCAGUGCGCUUGUUGUAACGAAACAGAAUGCCAAAGAGAUUGCAGAAACAAAGGCUGGUAUCUUUAUUUUGUGAAUUUGCACAAUGGAGCACUAGAAAGGUACAAAACUUCUUGAUAACUUUGCUGUAUGUUGGAAGAUUAGACUGUUGAAGAAUGUGUCACAUUAAGCCACUUUAACAAACAAGAGAUUAGAGAAAAAGAUCACACAAAGAUUCAUGUUUCUCUUGUUCAUUUUAUGGAAGGUUUUAUUUAACUACUUUAAUGAGGCGGUUGCCCCAGUUCAUGUUCAUAGAGGUUCUCGUUAUUGUUUCUGUUUUGCUGUCACUAAGUUUUGUUGCUGAUGAGAGAUGUUUGCACGGUUGUUCCGCUGGGGACAUGAACAAUAUUCCAGACAUCUGGGUCCGUGUGCAACCGAACUAUUUUGGAGAAGGGGAUUUGUGUUUGAGAAGAUCUGUCACUACUGCCAGCGAAGGUAAAUGGGCUUUAAGAGGUGACCGAUGUUUAUGAUAAGAAUUAUUUGUACAGUAUAUCCUGCUAUCUUGUUUAUUUUUCAGUGUGUAUGAAUGUUUAUUCUAUUUUUUUGUUAUUUUCUUUUCUUUUAACACUCUGUUUAUGGCCACGGGUGUGUUGCAGUCUAACAGUCAUAUAGAAGACAGAAUAUUUUGGCUUUUUUUUACUUUAAGGAUAAAGUGUUGCAAUUGGCUUUUUUUUUCAGUUCAGAUAUUUUUAUAUAUGCAGUAGACUAAUGCACAGUGCCUUUAGUAUUUUUCUAUGUCAAGGUUAAACAAUAAAGAUUUUGUUUGUACAGCUCUUUGAUUUUAAAGAACUUUUGUAAUGUUUCAUUUGAUUUUUUUUACUAACUAAUGUUUAAAUAAAAUUUUUAUUUAACCAUA